AUGGGCGCUGUUUACUCGUACCUCUUCGGCGAAAGCCCCUUCGACGCCUCGUGGCCCGCCUACGAGGAAAAGAUGCGCGCCGAGGGCCUCUCGAACGCCGCAAUCGCCGCCUUCAAGUACAACUUCAAGAUGCUCACCAGCGGCGCCAACCUGAUGAUUCCGGGCGAGAGCAUCCAGCCGGUCGAGUCGCUGCCCGACUACGCCUCGCUCACCACGGAGGACCCGGCGCUGCUCAAGUCGACGGUGAUGGUCAAGCUGAACGGCGGCCUCGUAUUCGACUUCCCACCCUACUGGUUGGUAGACCCAGUCCACUUGCGCACAACAGGCGGCCUCGGCACCGGCAUGGGCCUCGAGAAGGCCAAGUCGCUACUCGACCUCAAGGAGGGGCGAAACUUCCUCGACUUCAUCGCGCUGCAGGCUGCAGA